AUGCCUGCAUGGUCACCACCGUUUCUACCAUAUUCAGAUGACAACCAAUAUUCAACCAACAUUCAGGAAAAUGCUUAUUACCCAUUUCAAUAUGGUAUGAGACCUCUAACUCCACACAUCGCUACAAGUUCCACAACGAGCGCAAUCCAGGGUAGAGAUGAUACACCCGACCGCAGAGAGACCGAUGCAUGUACCUCCACUAGAGUUUAUGAGGAAAAUAAAGAGGAUGCAUUAGAUCCACGAGCACCCAACGAUGGCACUACCUCAAAUCCAGAUGAAGAACAAAUAGAUGGUGGUGAUUUGAUUGAGGAGCCACAGUCGGGAAUGGAGUUUAAUUCAUUUGAAGAUUUGCUGAGUUAUUAUAAGGGAUAUGGUAAAAGAUGUGGAUUUGGGGUUUCGAGACAAAGGAGUGAGAGGGGAGAGGAUAAAAGUAUGAGAUAUGUCACUCUUGAUUGUGCCCGUGGUGGGAAGGCCCGGAAUAAGAGUUUCAAUGUCGCCAAUCUACGUCCGACAGGAAAAAAUGAUUGUAAGGCAAAGAUUAAUACCCUAAAAGUAGAGGGAAAAAUGUGGUACUCAGGUGGUACUGGAGCACUUAGAGAUUAUUUUUUGAGGAUGCAAUACAAGAGUAAUGGAUUUUUUGCAUCGAUGAAUUUAGACGAUGACGAGAUGCUGAAGAAUGUUUUCUGGGCAGAUCCACGUAGUAGGAAAGUUCCCGAGAAGCUUGGGUCAUAUGCUUCCUAUAAAACUGGACUAAAAAAUCACCUGAUGAAAUGUGUGUACGACACUCAAUCUUUUGAAGAGUUUGAGACAUAUUGGGAUGGGUUACUUAACACAUAUGACUUACAUGAUAAUGUUUGGUUGAAAAGUUUAUAUGUUAACCGUGAACAUUGGGUACCAGUAUUCCUUAAAGAGUACUUCUGGGCUGGAAUGAGUACAACCCAGCGUAGUGAGAGUAUGAAUGCUUUUUUCGAUGGUUAUGUUCAUGCGAUGACAAACUUGAAGGAGUUUGUCGACCAGUUUGACAGUGCAUUAAAGAAAAAGAUUGAGAAUAAAAUGAGUGCGGACUUCCACUCAUUUAGCGUCACGAUUCCCUACGUGUCUAGAUCUCCAAUUGAAAAGAGAUUUCAAGAGUUGUACACGAACGCUAAAUUUAGGGAAGUUCAACAGCAAGUAAUUGGUGUGCUCGAUCUUGAUUCAUCUCUACUUAGAUUAGAUGGUGUAAUGAAAACAUAUUUAGUAGAAGAUAAAGUUCGUGUUGAAGAGUUCACUAAGCCGAUUACUUAUUCAGUGGCAUUUAAUAAGGAAGACUGCAGUGUGAAGUGUUCAUAUGGGUUAUUUCAGACGAUGAGUAUACUGUGUAGGCAUAUUUUGGCCAUAUUCAAAUCUAAUGGUGUAAAAUCAUUGCUAGACCGGUACAUUUUGGAUCGAAGGAGGAAGGACAUCAAAAGGAGAUACACGUUAAUCCAGCGGGGCUAUGAUGUAGGGGAUCAAAGUAUAGGUGGCAACAGAUACUCUAUUUUGUUAAACAUAUGUUAUCAGAUGAUAAUUUAUGAAGCAUCUUUGAAUGAGCAAUUUGAAGAUGCAAAGACAAGGAUACACCAGAUGACUAACUCCUACCGUGAGAACCCACACCCCCAAUCUUGGACCCAAACAGGUUCAAAUACUGGUGCAAUUUCACUAGACACAAGUGUUCAUGUUGGUAGUUCACAACAAGUCAAGAGUCCACUUAUUGUCAGAGGGAAAUGA